CGCAUUUCCAGAACACCACGACACCUUCUCACAACCAUAUCGACCAUUCCAAGUGACCAUGGACCAGCCGCCGACCCCUCGAACGGAAGCUCGCGCCCGCAGCGAAUCCUCGACCAUAAUUCCACAGCCCGGACCCCGUCCCCUGACGUCGAGCUCGCCCAAAACACAAUACCUCAUCAUCUACAACUUCGUCUCGGCGCUUUCCUGGCUCGUGGUUUUGGGACGAGUGUGUUUGCUGGUUCCGCUGGUGGGAUUUGGGAGGGUGUAUCCUGGCGUGGGACGGUUUGCGAAAUGGACGCAGACGGUGGCGCUGCUGGAGGUUUUGCAUUCGGCUGUUGGUAUGUUUUUGUGUCUUUUUUUUCUGUGACGAGGGGGGCUUGAACGGAGGGGUGUAUAGAAUAUUGAGUAUUAAGUAUGGAGAGACGAGGCUAAUAUAAUUCUCGAAUACAGGAAUCGUACGCGCCCCCCUCUUCACAACUCUAAUGCAAGUCUCCUCACGCAUCCUCCUCGUCUGGCCCAUCGUAAACACCUUCCCGCACCUCGCCAAAUCCGCCGCCUACUCCAGCAUGCUCCUCGCCUGGUCCAUCACCGAGGUCAUCCGGUACUCGUACUUUACCCUCACGCUGUCCGGGUUCAGCCCCGCGUUCAUGACGUGGUUCCGAUAUAAUACUUUCUACGUACUCUAUCCAUUGGGGAUCAGCUCGGAGUGCUGGUUGAUCUGGAGCGCGGUGGAACCCGCGAGAGCGAUUGCAGAACCCCUUGCGUGGCUUUUGCAGGCGAUUUUGAUGGUUUAUGUGCCGGGGAGUUAUGUCCUGUUUUCGCAUAUGAUGGCGCAGAGGAGGAAGAUUAUGAGGAAGGAGGGGAAGAGGGCUUAGGGGUGGUGUUAUACGUGUAUUAUAGGUGGGGUGGCA